CUGCCGAGUGACGAUGCCACGGUGGGCGUGUUGGGACCUACAAGAGCAGCAGACCUGGGUGCAGAUGCACUCUGGACUUCCUAGUCACGCUAACAUGGACUUGUACCGAUACGCCUUCUCGCUCUUGCUUCUCCUGCUUCCAGGUGGCAGCGGGCAGCUGGCGGAUUGCGGCGUUUCCACGGUAAACUCCCGCAUCGUGGGCGGGCAGGACGCCGUCCCGGGGGAGUGGCCCUGGCAGCUGAGCCUGCACAGGAACAACUUCCACACCUGCGGAGGGUCUCUGAUCAACAACCAGUGGAUGCUGAGCGCCGCCCACUGCUUCCCCAGCACCCAGACCAGCAACCUCCUGGUCUACCUGGGCCGCCAGUCCCAGCAGGGCAACAACAACGACAACGAGGUGGUGCUUGGGGUCACCCAGGUCAUCCCGCACGAAGACUACGAUCCCGUGACCAACGACAACGACGUGGCCUUGCUGGAACUCUCACAACCCGUCGUCUUCAACGACUUUAUCAGACCCGCCUGCCUCGCCGCCCCGGGCAGCGACUUCCCCGCCGGCACCGACUCCAUCGUCACCGGAUGGGGAACCAUCGGCAGUGGCGUCCCGCUUCCUUUCCCGCAGACUCUGCAGGAAGUGUCGGUUCCGGUGGUGUCCAACGCCGCCUGCAACGCGGUGUACGGCAUCAUCACCAGCAACAUGAUCUGUGCCGGACUCCCCGAAGGCGGGAGAGACUCGUGUCAGGGCGACUCGGGCGGGCCGAUGGUGGCCCUGAGUGACUCGGACUUCAACCAAACCAGGUACGUCCAAGCCGGCAUCGUGAGCUUCGGACAAGGAUGCGCGCUGCCCGACAGGCCGGGGGUCUACGCCCGAGUGUCUGAAUACCAGCAAUGGAUCCUGAAACGCGUGACCGGCCCCCCACCGGGAUUCAUCACCUUCCGGGCCCCCACAGACACAGACACAGACACGCCCACGUCUGGCGUCUUCCUCCUGGCUCCUCUGAUGCUGUCCCUCCUGCCGCCUGUCCUCACCGUCCUCGUGCUGGCGUGAUGAUGGGGGGGGGGGGGGGGGGGGGCAGGUUACCUGUUACUUACAAACCUCACGUCUCCAUCUUGUAUGCCACCUCAUUGCUCGCUUCUCCCUGGAAGCCGAGCUUACCCUUUGCCCUUUUCUUUGUCUUGCUCUUCUGUGCCAAACGUUUGCACUGACCCAAGCUCUGGAGGCAACCUCAGCGUUUCCUUUCUUUUGUACCUUCAUCCAACACCUUCCUGUGAAGUCAGCACUUUGAACUGAAGCAUGUGAUGUUUGCACCGACUGGACUCUGGAAAUAAACCUCUUUCUUCAGGA